CUUUAAAAUAUACCCAGUCUCUCAUUUCUGUCUACCUCUCUCACCUUCCCUUCUCCUUCCUUUCUUCUUUCUCUUCAUCGUUGCACAGUUUCUGCUCCUUGUGGCCACUUUUCACUCUUUUAAAGUGACCAAGCAGCAAGUCACUCUUUUGCACAUCUUCGCCCUCACUCUGCCUUGGACAGAAGUGUUAUAUCUUGCUCUCCAACCGGCUUGGGUUUCACCGUCCUUUUUGCUUUUGGAUCAUAUUUCUUGGUCGACCAGCUCUUCCUUUGUGUGAAAGUCUGGUUGAAAACACAGUUGAACUGUGACUUGCAAUAUCAUAUCCAAGCCUGUUUCUCAACAUAACCUAAAAGCAUCAACCAUGCGUUAUUCCUCCUUUGUCGCAGCACUCUGUGUUGGUGGGGCCCUGGCGUCCCCAAUCGAGCAGCGCGCCUAUGUCACCGACGUUGCCGUUGUCACCAGAACCGUUUAUGUGACUAUUGGCGGAGCUCCCACCCCUGUUGCUGCUGCCAACCGCCGUCCAUGGUGGCAUUGGCCGGGAAGGCCAAGUAUCAUCUACCCUCCGCCUCACAAGCCAUCUCCACGCCCAAGUCCGACUUCACAGGCUCCUCCACCUCCACCACCACCGCCGCCUACUUCUACUCAAGCUCCCCCUCCACCUCCACCUCCACCAGCCGAGACUACGACCCAAGCUCCUCCGCCACCUCCUCCAGCAGAGACCACUACCCAGGCUCCGCCGCCGCCUCCGGAGACCACCAAACCUGCCGAAGUACCACCACCCAGCGAUGACUACAAGGGCGUCGUUCUCUAUCACCACAACGUCCAUCGCUCCAACCACUCUGCCGAGGCGUUGACCUGGGAUGACAACUUGGAGAGCAGUGCUAAACAGCUCGCCGACACUUGUGUCUAUGAGCACAAUACCAAGUACAAUGGCGGUGGAUAUGGACAGAACAUCGGUUACCAAGGUGGAUUCAGCAACAUCGGUGCUAUGCUCAGCAAUGCCAUGUAUAACGGCGAGGCUCCCAAAUUUGAUGGCCUGUACGGCCAAGCCAACCCUGGAGGUAAUUUCCAUGAAUGGGGCCAUUUCACCCAGAUUGUUUGGAAGGGUACCAAGAAGGUUGCUUGUUACACUAAGCGCUGCCCAACUUUGAGAGUUGGAGCCACUGGUUCCACUGUGAACAACGCCGAUUUCAUUGUCUGCAACUAUGGUCCUCCAGGUAAUUAUGCUGGUGAAUAUGACAAGAAUGUUGGCAAACCCCUGGGCCAUCCCACAGUCACUGCUUAAAGGUAAAACCGAUGUACUUGCUGAAUGCAUGAACCCAUUUGGCAAACGCAUUUACGUUGUCGCGGUCUAUGUCAUGGGUAGUCUGUCAACUUCUUCUUGCUCCCUCCCUUCUUGAACGUAUAUUGCAGGGAUGUCCUAGCUUUUGUCCCAGAAUCAUCUUCGACCCAGAGAUGAUUGCUUUCCGUUUCUCUCAAGCCAUCUUGUGGGAUUUCUUGGGAUCUUUUAAAUAUGAUUUUUGACCGCUUCCCGAUACGCGUCCUUGUCCUUUUUCUUUUAUAGACCUUCAACUUGUACGCAAUUUGUUCAGCUCUUUUGCUAUGACGUCUCCCCAACUGCCAGUCAAUGCAUCAACGCAUAUCGAUUUUAAGGCAGUGACAGGCCUGUAGGGGGAGGGUCUGCGAAGAGUGUCAUUCGGAUUUGUGAAAAUUUUUUUCUUCAUUUCU